CGACACCUCCACAACUUGCCAAGUGUAAGUUUCCAGCCGCAAAUCACACGCCGACAUAAUGCAGCUCCGAAUGCUACUGGCCGUCGCGGCCAUGACGGCCGUGAAGGAAUGCACUGCCUCAGAAGAACGCAUUCUAUAUGGCUUGAAGCCGGAUUUCCGAGCUCGAAUUGCCUUUGCGUCGUCGUUGACCUGCGACAGCGGCACCAAGACUAUUCCCGUUAGCAGCGUGAACGACGACUACUGUGACUGCCGCGAUGGCACGGACGAGCCAGGGACUGCCGCGUGUUCGCAUACCGGGGUCCAGUUUCAUUGCGAGAACGUCGGGUACUUUUCGUCGGACGUUCCCACGUCGCGCGUGAACGACGGCCUCUGCGACUGUUGCGACGGAAGCGACGAGUACAAGUCAAGUUCAACCUGCCCCAACACGUGUGCCACCCUUCGCGCCGCGUAUGACCUCCAGGAGCAAGCGGAGGAAGCCGUCCGUGCGGCGGGCCGCAACGCGCGCGCCGACGUCGUGGCCGCGUCCAAGUUGAAGAAGGAGGAGCAUUUCCGCAAGCGCACCGAUUUAGAAGUCGAAAAGGCGGCGGCGGACACGGCGGUGACGGCGGCGCGAGCGACCAAGGCGGCCGAAGAAGCCCUGGAAGUGCAGGCUCAAAAGGAAGCUGCCCGUGCGACUCGUAAAAAGGUCGCGUCCCACUUGGGAUUGUUGGACAUGUCGUCGACCCAACUCGUGGACCUGGUGCUGGACUUGACCGACAAAAUCUACGUUAAAACCGACAUUCUCGACAUCCUUCGAGGAAUCCAACCUUCGGAUCAGUCGGUCAUUGAGCAGCAAGAGCAGGCGUACUUGCUCACCGAGGAAGCGUAUCGCAAUGAAGUCACGCGCAUCACGGACCUGAACGCCGACCUGGCCAAAGCGAAGGAAGCCGCCAAGGAAGCCGCCCAAGUGCCGACGGGAGACGGGGACGAACCGGCGCCAGUUGAAAUCGACGAGUCCAAGUACGAGCCCGUGCCGCUGCCCACGAAGCCGGACCGGCCCAUCGUCACGCUGUUUGCCGAACUCACGGCGAACCAAGCGACCAAUUCCCGACCAGAGGCGGUCGCGGCCCGCCAAGCGCUCGCGGCGGCCGAGUCCAAAGCGACGCAAGUGGACUCGGAACUGACGUCGCUGGACGCGACCCUCCGCGGUUCCUACGGCCCAGACGAUGUGCUCUACAGCCUCCGCGACUCUUGCGUCGACACCACGUCGGGGCAGUACACGUACAAAAUGUGCUACUUUGGCCAAGCCAACCAGGACCAAACGUCUCUCGGCACCAUGCAACCGAUCGAGUUGCCCCUCACGGCGCUCAAGUUCACGGGAGGCGCCAAGUGCUGGAACGGCCCCGAGCGCUCCUUCCAUGUGACUCUGGUGUGCGGGGACACGACGGCGCUAACGAACGUCGAAGAGCCGAGCACGUGCGUGUACUCUGCCACACUCACCACACCCAUCGUGUGCGGCGAAGCGUCGAGUUCGUCACCCAAAGCUACUCACGACGAGUUGUAAUAGUACCGUUAACAGUACCUAGUACAUACAUAUACAUAUAAGACAUCCGAUGGGCCA